AUGGAUUCUCAUGAUGAAUAUCAAACAGAUUCAACUCUUUCUGAUAAAAUUCAUCAAAUGUCAAUAGAAAUCGAUUCAUUAAAAGCUUCACGUAAUUAUUACAAGGAUCAAUGCGAAACGUUAUUUGUUUCAUUAUCUAAAACAGUAACAGAUCAAACACCAUCAUAUCGAACACAAAAGGAAGUAGAAGAAACUAUUUCCAAAAUCAAAGCUCAAGAGGCAGAGAAGAACAAAAUUCUCAAACAAAGGUAUAAAGAGAGGGAGAAAAUAUAUCAAAACGAAAUAAUCAAAUUACAAGAUACAAUCAGACAUCAUGAAAGAAUUAUUGAUAACCAGAAAAAUGCAAGAACUGAACUAAUUGAGCAAUUAAUGAGUUAUAAAAAGAGAUUAACUACAUCAGAAUCGAAGCUCAAAGAUGCAGAGUCUACAUUAGAACAAAUUAAAUUAUCACGUAGUUCAAUUCAAAUAAAUUCUCAACAAAGUCAAUUAAUUAACAAUAGCAAUACAUUAAAAGAAGGAAACACAAAUGAGAUAAGCCUUCUAAAGCGAAAAAUAGUUAAAUAUGCUAAGCAAAUUGAAGAAAUGCGUACUUCAGUUGAAUUAAGUCAAUCACUUAAUGACGAUACUAUAAAAGAAAACAAAUCAAUGAAAAUUAAGAUUUCUGAACAAGAAUCAAUAAUAAAUGAACUCAAAAAGAUGAACGAAUCUCAAAAACAACAAGUAAUUGAUUCUCAAUCGUUGCUAGUUAAUGCAAUAAAAGAAGUAGAGUUGCUUCAAAGCGACGUUGAAUCUGCUCAAUCAACAAUUGAUUUGCUUGUCAAGCGCUUAUAUGAAAAAGAAUCAGAAUUUAAUUCUUAUGUUCAAGAAAUUGCAACUAGAAUAGCAGAAAACAAUCAACAAAAGUCUUCAAUUAAAGAUGGAAGUACAACAAUUAUAAAUCUUCAAUCUCAAAUUCAAACAUAUAUUCAACAAAUUACUGAGCUCAAGCAAACAAUAGAAAUUAAUCAAAAUACAACUCAAACUCAAGUUACCACAUUCAAUAACCAAAUAUCAUCACUUAAAUCCACAAUUGACUCUCAAUCAAAUCAAAUUGAGGAUUUCAACAAGAAGAUUCAAUCACUCCAAUCAGAAUUACUUGCAGAAAAACGCCUCAGAAAGGCAGCUGAAGUUGCAAAAGAAGCUGCUGUUACAAAUCUGAAGAAUGCAUAUGCUUUACUUGCAGCAAAUGAAAAUACAAGGAACGAAAGUACAGCAGAAAUAGACAGAAUCACGACGGAAAUGACAACAAAGAAUAAAGAUAUUGAAGAAAAAGAUGCAACAAUCAAGAAUCUUACGGAAGAACUCAAACAAACAGUUGAAAAACUUAAUAAUUCUGUAAGUUCAGAAGCAAAUCUAAGGGAUAAACUUAAAGAAGUAAAUGACAAAUACAUUCACAUGCAAGAGAAUUCGAUACUUCGAGAAGAAGCACAGAAAGCAAUUGAUGCAGUUGCUGAUGAAAGAGACAAAGCAAUUGAAAGCAGACACCAAAUAGAAAUUGAUCACAGUACUUGCUUGAAUGAAUUGAAUGAUUUGAAGAUUGCUUUCUCUCAUCAAGAAUCAACAAUUGCUGCUCUUCAAAAUGAAGUUAAAUCUCUUACAAAUGCUAAUAAGAACCUUAGAUCAAAACUUCUUAAUGGUGAAGAAAUUUCUGAAAUUUCUGAAACAAACGAAAUUUCAAAUGUCACAACAUCAAGAUUACUUGAUAACCAGGAUGACCUUGAAAAAGGAAUGGUAAUAUCAGAAAUCAAGUCUCAACUUGAACUAACACAAAAACAAUCAAUUAAGGAUCAAACAACAAUACAAGGAUUAAGAAAUGAGAUUGAAAACAUCAAGAAAUCAUUGAUUGAAUUUGCUGAUUCUUUCAAGGAAUUUGCAAAUUAUGUUCCAUCAAUUGGAGAAUCACAUCAGCGUUUAAUGAUGAAGAUCAAAAAGAUUGAUGAUAUCAAUAUAGCUAUUAAGAUUAUAUCACAAUUUAUUGUUGAUUCUUUCGAUGAAUGCGUUAGAUUUUCUAAGAAUACAACACAAUCUACAGAAGGAACUUUGUUGCGUUCAUCAAUAUACCAUUUAACAAGGAAGAUUGACAGUUUGCAGCAACAGAAUGCAGCUCAAGCUCAAGAUAUUAAUACAUUGCAACAGAAUAUUCAAGCAGUUUACAGUAACAAAGAGAAAUGUGAAGAUGAAUUACAAUCAUUCACAAAGACAAUAACUUCUCUUCGCGUUACCCUUGAUGCAACAAGUAAGAAACUGCAAGAAAGCGAGACAGAAAAGAAGAAACUUAGACAAGAACUCAAAUCUGUGCCUUCAAUAGUUAGUACUCAACAAAAAGAUGAAAGUUCUUUCUCAGAUUCUCUAAAUUUGUCUGAAAUUUCAUCACUUGAUGAGGAUGACUUAAAAACAAUAGUCAAUGAAUCAGAACAUAAUGAGACUAGAGGAAAGAACCAUCCCAGUGAGAGCGCAACAGCUUUAGCAGAUUCUCUUGCAAUGUUAGAUUUGAUUUGCCAAUAA